GCCGCUGCGAUCGUCUGUCUGCCACCCGGACCCUCCCUCCUGCUCGCCAUCAUCCGUACAGCACCAAGGACAUGGGUUUGGAACGAGGCUAAUUCCUAAUUUUCGCACUGCAACGACGACAGCGCCUGCGUCUGCCUGCUGCUGUGCUCCCUCGCACUGCUUCCAGUCCCAGCCCCGACUCACCUUCUCGUCCUUGACAGCCCGCCUAAGCUUCCCGACUGCCUACUGAACCACCGCCGUUUGCCAGCCUUGCCGCACGCACACCGGACCACAGCCGACGCCGCUGGGGAUCUGCUCUUGCCUACCGCUCGCGCUUGUUCCUGCAGCAGGGACCGCAUAGCCAACUCCAGCCUUUGCCUCCCGCUGUGACCUCUGUGUGUCGUGCUACCCUGCCCGACAUCAUUCGCCUCUACCGGAGCAUACAUUACCGCUGCACCAGAGGCUCGGCCCUUGGACCAUCGAUCACCCGCGCACAUCACAGCGUCGCAGACUAGUCAUUGCACUACCCCACACACUGCUACUGAAAAAACCUCCAGUUGACUUCACGGCUACUCCGGUCGACAUUCCUGCCCGCACCAUCCGGCAAACCUCGACCAGCCUUCCACGCUCUUGCACCGUGUCCAUGUGCAUGUUGUAAUGACACCGAAGGUAGUCGCGACCAUCAACUCCACUGGGAGGCAAGCCGCUUCGUUCAUUCGCGCUGCUGCCGCUGUUGGCUGGCAUGUACGCGCUCAAAUUCGCAGCUGCGAUGGCCUCGUCGCCGAAGAGCUAGCAGAAUUACCCAAUGUCGAACUCAUCGAAGGCGACUUGACCGGACCGGCACGCGCGAGCAUCCUGAACCGAUUGUUCACCGGUGCGAAGAUCGCCUUCAUCAACACCACACACUGGGGCGAUGAGGUCGCUAUCGGAAAGGCGUGUGCCGACGCAGCCAAGAAAGCGGGCAUUGCACACUACGUCUACUCCAGCAUGCCAGAUCAUAGCGCCUAUGGUGAGGACUGGAGGGCGUUGCCAAUGUGGGCGACCAAGUUCGCCAUCGAAAACUACGUGAGACAGAUUGGCAUCCCUGCCACCUUUGUCUACACUGGCAUAUACAACAACAACUUCACAUCGUUGCCAUAUCCACUGUUUCAAAUGGAGCUUCAAGACGACGGCAGCUUCGUCUGGCAGGCACCUUUCCACCCGGACGAUCCUCUUCCUUGGCUCGAUGCGGAACAUGAUGUGGGGCCAGCACUUCUCCAGAUUUUCAAGAUGGGCGCCAAUCAUUGGAAAGGCCAGCGUGUCACAUUGGCUUUCGAGAAACUGACGCCUUUGCAAGCCUGUGCUCGCUUCUCACGAGGAGUGGGGCGGCCAGUCAACUAUGUUCACGGCGAUAUCAAGAUCGCUGUCAACAUACCUAGUGGCUAUCGGGAGCAGCUUGAGAUUCUUCAGGAAACCCUCGGCUACAAGCGAGCACCUUACUUCGGUCCUGACCUGGAAUACCCCAAAGAAGGCCGAAGUAUAUGGGAAGGCUACAGAGGCAUCGAAGAGUACGCGCGAGAAGUCUUCCCCAUCGAAGAAUACGCCAACGGACUGCGAUGGAUGGAAGAAGACGGUAUGAGUGUGACCGGUGUCAGCACUCCCGGGGAGAGCAACGGCGAUCCUAUCGACUUUCCUCGAUCACGACCAAUGACACCAGCGAAUGCCGUCACUCCACUUCACGUCUCUGGAGCUUAUACACCCAAAUCACACCCGGAAGGACUGCACAGAGGCUUCUUUGUGGGAAGCUGCUAAAGAUCCCGUGCGAUUUCACCUUUAUUCUUCAACCACGACUUUGUGGGUCAUCAUUGCUUUUCUCCACCACCACGCUGCAUGUCUGGUAGCGUGGAAGGCCAUUUCUGAUAUGCAUAUCUCCACUCUUCGGCGAGCUGCGGGUGUUAUCGCACGGAGUUCAUGAACGAAAAAAAUCGGCACCGUCGUUGGGAAACGGUCAACGAUGGGACACGGACGGACGGGAAAUUCGGUAAACAAAAGUUGUCAAAAGAGGGCGGAAGGAAUUGGGGGUCGGUGGGCGUUCCAUAGUGUUAGUGAGAUUACGUGCUACGUGCCAGAGUACUGUAGUAUGUAGCAUCGGGACGGAGUUCUGCCUGUCUUGGAGGGAAGAUGGUCCUUCGCGAGCGGUGUGAGGCCGAUCGAAUCAAUUCAUUCAAUCAUACCAAGCCCA